UCUCACAGCGAGAGAUGUUAGACAAUAGUGUAUUUUUUUUUUCCUCACUAGACAUUAUUUUAAAAGCAGUUGACAGGACUAUCUUAGCUUCCACCAGCUUUGUUUUAGCCAACUCAAUCAUAUGUGUGUCCGUGUGCGUCGCGAAAAAAAAUUUAUAUAUAUAUAUAUGUAAACGUUUACAGUAUUAAUUUGGUUCGGGAAAAAGUCUGUUUCAUUUAUUUUUAAAACAGUGCUUUGAUUGAAUUGUGUGAUAUUGUGAAUUUCAGACGAUACUCUUGAACAAAGUGUUUCGAGAUGAAGAUUUUUUACAAAGCUAUCAAGCUGCAAAAAGAUAUUUCCUUCAUGUUUGAUAGGAUUCGAUAAACGAUCUAUUUAAAAGAAAACAAAAAAACAACAUGAUAACAGUGUUAGAUGAAGUCGUUAAUUCUUACACAAAACUUGACUAGACAGCCAAUAAGACAAUCAAGGAAAAUGGCAUCACGUUCUAUAAAGGCAAGACUUAUCCACUAAAAUGUUUCAAUUGCGGUGUUACAUCAGCGUCGUGGUUUUUAUUGUUAUUUCAAUCUUCGGACCAGGAGACUCCUCACAAGGAUUGGAGAAAACUUAUUUUCAGAACAACCCACUCAAUACGCCCAAAGCCCACCAAAACAGAAUAAAAAAGGGGCUUACAUCUAGGCCAGAAGGCUUCACUCGGCGACCCAAUUUGGUUGAAAAUGAUUUGAAAUUGAGGAAUCCUGCUGGAAACCAAGUGACCCCCAAAGAAACACUCUUUUCCUAUAAUAGAAGUUUUCAAGAUUCAAUUUGGCGCUAUGUCGACGAAUUCACUCCAACAUUGACAAAGAAUGAUUACAUCUCCAUUACAGUUCAGCCAGGGGGAGCUUAUCAAUGUCUAGGCAUGACUUCAUUCAUGUAUCAAGCCCAAAGAUCAAUUGUCACAAAAACCAUUCCAACCCUUCAGGAAACGAGGACAAAUGUUUCUAUAAGUAUUGACCACAGAGCGUCGUGCAACAACGUAUCGCUAAUACACGUCUCGAGAAUAACUUUUCUAAACAUUUCUGUGGAAACUUGCUGCAUUACGAAAUGUCUACACACAAGUGAAAUCACUGUCAGAGAAAACCAGCAUAUACUUCUGAAUUUCACCUCCUUCAACAUCCCAGGUUUGAACCUGCUGGUCAAUGAGACCUCCGAGGAGUGCUCAGAGUCACUAGACGUCGAGGUGGAUGUCCCGGACAAGAAUACCCCCAACAGAUCUAUUACUCAUAAGAUGGGAAGCUUCUGUGGGAUGAAGGAGCCGAAGGCCAUAUUCAUUGACUACAGCAAAGUCAAGCUAAAGCUGCGGCUUCGUGACAAUAAACAGUGUAUUGACAAAAUGAGCUUUGCGGUAAACAUAAUACCUUGUGAGGUUCUGGAAUACAAGUCUUGCAAUGCUUCGGAAUAUGUUCACUUCGGGAAAACGAGCGGAUUCAUUAUAUCACCAGGUAGAGACAAGCAACAGAAUUAUCCUAACAAUUUAGACUGUAAGUGGAGCAUUCAAGUGCCCGACGAAAAGCUAAUACUAUUGGAUGUAGACAUUUAUGAACCACUCGGAGAAGGAGACUUCAUUGAAAUCCGUAUAGAUGAAGGACACGGGUUAGAAUUUCCUAACGUAUUAAGAUCCACUAGUUUCCAUUUUAGGUGGCCUGUUGUUUUGCCACGUAAUUACUGCACAGUCGAAUUUCAUUCCGACAGUAUAAAAUCAGGAGCUGGAUUUAACAUAUCCUACAAAGCAGUUGACAAACAGAAUUUCAUAGAGCUGUAUUCCAACUUCACUAUGAACUGUACUAACAUAACAGUCAUCCCCCGAACAACUAAAUGCAACUUUUAUGAAGAAUGCGCAGGUGGUGAAGAUGAGAUCAAUUGCAAGUAUAAGGAUGACAAAUGUUGGCCCAGUGGAGUCUACUUCGAGAAGUCAUGCUACUAUCCUGUAAGAGACAAGUCCCGAAUGUCGUGGACCAUGGCUCAAGAAUACUGCGAGCGUACGUUUAAUGCGCAUCUUUUAACUAUAAAGAUAGAGAAAGUAGAAGAUUUUGUGAACAAAUUUAGGACGUUUUUGGGGAAAAAAUUCGACGUGUCCUUUUUGGGACUACGAAGAAUGCGUAUGCAGCAGGUCAGUCAACUAUAUCGACGCAUGUGGCAGUGGAUUGAUGGACAUACGGCGUUUUACCUGCCCAAAGAAUAUCGAUUCCAGGAUUGGUCAAGGUGCUCUUUACUCCACUUGGAUUACUUUCACUCUACGGAAUGCGGCAGGAAAAUGGACAAUGUCUCGUUUAUUUGCGAAAAGCAAAUUGAACCACUGCACGUUAUGCUGGCCAAUAUUAGCAUAGGCAAAGACCGCCAUAAAGAAACAUUCCCUAUGUUCAAAUGCACAAGUGAGGAGUUGAUCUUUGAAGAACAGAGGUGUGACAAGGUGGAUAACUGUUUCGAUCACAGCGAUGAGAUGAACUGUGACUAUGCGAAGAACGAACACACGAUGUUCACCUGCGGAACUUCCGCGCUUUUACCUUAUUCCUUCGUGUGUGACGGAGUUAGCGGAUGCCCGGAUGAGAGUGAUGAGAACCACUGCAAAAUUCCAUCAAAAAGUAGUUUAGGUGCAUCGUUGUCUGUCUGCAAUGACGGUAUGGUUUUAGAUCGAAACAAGGUCUGCGAUGGCAGAGAGGAUUGCCUCGAUGGCUCGGACGAGAUGGACUGCACGGAAUGUUUCGGAGAUAUGUACCUAUGCCCAAUGAUAGCGUGCCUACCAAAACAUUGGAUCACUGAUUCUGAGAUUGACUGCCCCAUUCGUGAUUUAAAAGGUAGAGAAGCGGGUGAAAUAUUUAAAGAGAAUGUGUUUAAAUACCCCAAUACCCCAGGUGUUGUCUAUCCUGACGGUUUUGGAAAAUUUAACAUAACUAAAAGAGAUAAAUGUCCUGAAACUCAUUUCAGAUGUACUCAUGGGUAUUGCAUUCCCUUAUACAUGUGGUGCAACGGUAUGAUCGACUGUCCGUUCGGAGAAGACGAGAACUGGGCCAAUUGUAAACAACUUUGUAAAGGAUUGUAUAAGUGCAAAUACUCUCGUGUUUGCGUACACAACGAUAACAUCUGCGACAAUGUCUACCACUGCCCUUACCACGAUGACGAACUUCUGUGCAGCGCCAGAAACAUCACCUGCCCCGAACACUGCGAGUGUAAAAGGAUGGAAUACACCUGCACUGCAGUGCCCGUCUUCAACUCCUCCACUCUUCAACCUCUUCGCUACCUGCGUCUCUUUAAUGCCAUCCUGCCCAACCUACAGCUCAACGGAAUAGCCACCUAUAGCCUAAUAUAUCUCAACGUGUCGCACUCCAACGUUCAGUUUAUAUUUGAGGAGAACUUUCGUUACUUAAAUCUUCGAAUACUUGACGCCAGCUUCAAUCAGAUAGAAUUUCUCAACAACGAGACCUUUAAAUCAUGCCCGGUAUUGAAAACUUUGAUCCUGGCCAAUAAUAAAUUCCAUAACGCCAUUUUUGGAUUUUUACAACACACAAGAGAACUUUCCAGACUUGACCUUUCCUACAACACAAAGAACGAACUGGAGGCUGACUGCUUCCACGGGGCCUCAAAUCUGCAGGAUUUGAUUCUGCGUUCUAUGAACAUACUAAAAAUUAAUAAAAACGCGUUUAUCAACCUUACUGGGCUUAAAACUAUAGACCUUCAAGGGAACGUUUUCUUGGAUGUGUCCGAUCCAAUCUUCCACUCACAGUUAAACCUGAGAGAAAUCGCCACUGACAACUAUCGACUGUGUUGUGAUCUUAUUAAGCCCGCCUCUGUGACGUACACGAACUGCAAAGCUCCCUACGAUGAAAUAUCAUCUUGCGCGGACAUUUUGCGGACCUUGCUUCUGAGAGCGGCGUUGUGGAUCAUGGCUAUACUGACGGUCUUUGGCAACACUGGCGUUAUCUUUUACAGAAUAGUCGUGGAUCGUGGGAUGAAACAAAGCUUUAGAAUCAUCAUUACCUCUCUCAGUAUCUCUGACCUUCUCAUGGGCGUCUACCUUGUCAUUAUAGGCAUUGCGGACGCACAUUACCGCGGAAAUUAUCAGCUGUACGAAAAGGAAUGGACGAACAGUGUGUUCUGUCAAAUGGCUGGAUUUUUGUGCCUUUUGUCCAGCGAAACAUCUGCCCUAUUCAUACUUCUGGUGACGCUGGACAGACUCCUGGCUAUAGCGCUUCCAAUGAAUAAACAUUUCCAUUUUAACGGAAGAUCGGCGGCGAAAGCUUGUGGUCUGGUCUGGGUCAUAGGCUUUUGUAUGGCUUCAAUUCCUUUGUUGCCUCCAUUUCAACACUGGCGGCUCUAUUCACAGAACGCUUUGGGGGUACCACUUCCCAUAACCAGGUCGUCAAUCCCCGGAAACGAUUACGCCUUUGCGAUUUUCAUCGUUUUUAACCUGGUCGUGUUCAUUUUGGUAGGCCUGGGUCAGCUGAUGAUCUACUUAUCCGUUCGGCUGAUGACCUACCCAAAAGCUUCCAAAGUGAGGGUUCGCCAAGACACCGCCAUAGCCAAACGACUCAUUCUCGUCGUGCUUACAGACUGCCUGUGCUGGUUCCCUAUCACUGUGAUGGGGAUGGCAGCCAGGGCCGGGCUCCCCGUGCCCGGGGAGAUGAACGUGGUGGCCACAGUCUUUCUUCUGCCUGCCAACUCGGCCUUCAACCCAUUCCUCUACACCGCCAACGCCAUUCUGAUGGCCAGGAAAUUGCGACGGAAAAAGAAGUCUUUUGACUCGGACGCAGCGGCCAUGAGGCCACUUUCGUCCUCUACAGGAAGUUUAGUCCAGUCAGUUAAACAGGAUGAGUUAAACAACGCAAAGACGUAUCCAUUUCAUCAGAAAAUGAGGAUUUCUGAUGUAUCAUGUAUGUGCAUCAUCACAGCAAUAUUGCAUCUAUGUCCCAUUGAUGCUGUUUCGUUGAAGGAUUCAGAAGUAUUGGAACAUAAACUUGUGAAUGAUGAAUCAUAUAAUGGAGAAAAGCUUCCAACGGAAGUAGAUGUUAGGACUCCCGAUGAUGACGUCAAUAUUUAUCACGUGCUGCACAAGAAAUCUACGGCGCAAUCUACGAUACCAAAGAAGAAAAAUGGCUAUCACCCGAAGAGCACGGCGCGAGCCCAUAUCAUUAACCGGACUCCUCGCAUGACGCACAAGUCUUAUGGGACUUUGGUAUUUGACGAGUCCGAAGAAUCGAACGGCAGGUCACUGCAGCCCAUACAGAACGCAUCCGUGAAAGCUCGUGAAGAUGGGAGCUACGAGUGCUUCGGAAUGACCCGUUUCAUGUAUGAAGCAAAGAAGCCUUUCCAUUCGGAAACUAUCCCUCCAUUUAACGCUACCAGAGUGAACGCGUCGGUCGUAAUAGAGAACAAGGCUGCCUGUAACAACGUGUCCUAUUUUAAUGUAAAACAGGUCACUGUUCUCAACGUCACAGUUGAAACUUGCUGCAUCACCAACUGCGUUCACGUCAUAGAUGUCACCGUCUCCAAGAGUGACCAUAUACUUCUCAACUUUCUGAAAUUCAACGUACCCGGUCUGAGCCUUCUGCGUAACGAGGCUUUCGGUGAAUGCGUCGAGUCUUUGGAUGUCAACGUGGAAAUCCCGGACAAGAAACGCCCUGACCUCAAAACUUCCUACAGGCUGGGCCACUUUUGCGGCAUUAAGGCGCCCACAGACGUGUUUGUCGAAUACAACAAAGUAAAGCUGAUGUUGAGACUGUUGGACAAUAAGCAGUGCGUUGACAAGAUGAAUUACGUUGUGGAGAUUGUUCCUUGCCGGAAGAUUCCGUAUAAAACAUGCAGUUCUUCCGACUACGUCAGCUUUAAGGAGGAUCACGGCUACAUCUCUUCCCCGGGGAUGAACAAUGGUCUGAAUUAUCCCAAUGAAUUAGAAUGUGAAUGGAAAAUCUCCGUCCCAGAAGGGAAGUUCAUACUUCUGAAAGCUGAAAGGAUACUUCUGAAAGAAGGGGAUAAGAUUGAGAUUUAUCCCGAGCAUCACAACACGACUCAGUUUCCCAAAACCUUGAAUUUCUCUGAUUUUGAAUUUCGACGUCCGGUCGUGUUGCCUAGUAACAAAUGCACGGUUAAGUUCCACUCUGACAGUCUGAAGUCUGGGAUAGGGUUCAACAUCUCCUACCUCGCCGUCAGCAAGAACAACUUCAUUCCGAUGUUUUCAAACAAUUCUCUCGACUGCUCGGGUAUCACCGCCUUGCCGGAAGCUAUUCGCUGCGACUAUUAUAAGGAUUGUGUUGGGGAGGAGGACGAGGUGGAUUGCUCGUACAUACAAAAAGAAUGCCCUGGGGGAUACGUGUACAAAGGUCAUUGCUACCAGUUGAUACCCAACCAGGUCAACAUAUCAUGGACGAAAGCGGAAGAGCUCUGCGAGCGGAACCUGGGAGCUCACCUUGUCACUAUCAACACGGUCGAGGAGAGCAACUUUUUAAAGUACUUCCGGAAGUACAAAGAGAUGGAUGAGUCGACGACGUUUCUGGGACUUAGGCGCAUGCGCAUGCAGCAGGUAAAACAGGUGUACAAGCGCAUGUGGCAGUGGACGGACGGAAGUACCGCCUUUUAUCUGCCAAGUGAAUACAGAUACGAAGCAUGGGCCAGGUGCACAUUGUUUCAUUCGGAUUAUUUCUACUCCACUGAGUGUGGGGCUGUCAUGGAGAACAUUUCCUUCAUUUGCGAGAAAACAAUAAGCGAAGAAGAAAACACAAAGAUAUCUGACAGCGCUCUAGAUAAUCGACAUUUGACCUGGACCCACAAGAUUGAGGUGUUCAAGUGUCAAAGUGGUGAGUAUAUUUCCUACGAACAGAAGUGCGACGGGGUUGAGCAGUGCUUCGACCACAGCGACGAGUCACAGUGCAAACCCGUCGACAAAAACGACUCCAUAUUUCUUUGCGGUGGGACCGGGCCACUUCCGUAUUCGUUUGUUUGCGACGGGAUAGAGGACUGCCCAGAUUCCUCCGACGAAACAGGCUGUAGGAUUCCUGACAAAGAGAUUUUAGGGUCAAGCGUGUCCAUUUGUACGGAUGGCAUGUAUCUAAGCACGUCAAGGGUCUGUGAUGGGCUAGAAGACUGUCGCGAUGCUUCAGAUGAGGAGGACUGCACCGAAUGCUUUUCGGGAAGCACCCUUUGUCCCUUGAUUGCUUGCCUACCCCAGAAGUGGAUUAACGAUUCAGAGAUAGACUGCCCCAUUCGAGAUCUCAAAGGCAUUCAAGCUCUGGAGUCCGAAUUCAAAGAAAACUAUUUUAAAACCAAACCCCCUCCUGGAAUCAUAUACCCUGACGGCUACGGGAAGUUUGAGAUUAAGAAAAUCUCCAAGAAUGACAGUUGUCCAGAUACUCACGCGCAGUGCUACAAGGGCUACUGUAUCCCUGUCUAUCUAUGGUGUAACCACAUCCGAGAUUGUCCUUACGGCGAGGACGAGGAUUCGGUCAGGUGCGAGAAACUUUGCAAAGGCUUAUAUAAAUGCAAGCACUCGUCUGUCUGCGUCCACGAGGAUCACCUGUGCGAUGGUCACUAUCACUGCCCGUACCACGACGACGAAACGCUGUGCGUCUUCAACAGCAUCACUUGUCCUCACAACUGUCAGUGCAAGAGGUACGAGUUUAUCUGCUCCUCCCCGCCUGUCUUCAACUCCUCCACGCCACUGCCAGUGCGCUCGCUGGAGCUACGCAACUACACCGAUUUAGAGCAUCUCCAGUUCAGCGGCAUCGCCUACUACAGCCUUAUCUAUCUCAACGUAUCUCACAGCGGGGUCAAGCACAUCUCGGACGACUUCUUGCGUUUUUCUAACCUUCGCAUACUAGAUGCCAGUCAUAACCAAAUUGAGAAUCUCGGCAACGAUACGUUUAAAAACUGCCCCGUCCUGAAAACACUAGAUCUGUCCAGCAAUAAACUUCACAACAAAAACUACGCCUUCUUGUUAAAUACCAAAGAACUUUCCAGACUCGACUUAUCGUACAACAUCAAAUUUAGAUUGGAAGAUGAUUGCUUUCAAGGGGCAUCAGACUUGGAAUGUUUAAUUUUGGAAUACAUGAAUAUUAAAGUUAUUGAAGAAAAUGCCUUCAGGAACCUUGUCGCCCUCAAACAGAUUUACCUGAGAGGAAAUGAUGUUUUGAUUUUCUCGGAUAAAAUAUUUCAUUUCCAGCAUACUCUAAGAGCUAUUUACACGGAUAAUUAUCGCCUGUGCUGCGAUUCUGUUAAACCACCUUCUGUGCAGCACACGAUGUGCGAUGCUCCUUUUGACGAAAUAUCUUCGUGUUCGGAUAUUUUGCGAACACUGUUACUCAGAGCAGCGCUUUGGAUCAUGGCUAUCCUGACUUUAACAGGGAACCUUAGUGUUAUCAUCUACAGAAUUUUUAUAGACAGGGGUCUGAAGGAAAGUUUUCGGAUCAUUAUCACGUGCCUAAGCACGUCAGAUCUCCUUAUGGGAAUCUACUUGGUCAUCAUAGGCGCAGCGGACGCUAAGUACCGAGACCGCUAUCAGUUGAACGAAACGGAAUGGAAAAGCAGCGCCCCUUGCCAAGCGGCUGGAUUUCUGUGUCUCCUCUCCAGCGAAACGUCGGCUCUUUUCAUUCUGCUGGUCACCAUAGACCGACUCUUGGCCAUAGCGUUCCCGCUAAAUUCGCACCUUCACUUCAACGCUAAGUCAGCUGCGCUGGCGUGCGUCAUCGUUUGGGUCAUCGGCAUAGUCAUGGCUUCGAUUCCUCUGCUGCCCCCAUUUCAAGACUGGCAGCUCUACACGCAAAAAGCUGUAGGCGUUCCUUUGCCCAUCACCAGGUCUGUAUUUCCAGGAUACGAGUAUGCCUUCGCGAUAUUGAUAGUUUUCAAUAUGGUGGUUUUUAUACUUGUAGCCGUCGGGCAGCUUCUGAUCUACCUGUCCGUCCGGCUCCAGAAUGUACCGCAAGUGUCGGAGCUGAGACUCCGACAGGACACAAUCAUUGCCAAGCGCCUGGCCUUGGUGAUCAUAACCGACUGCCUCUGCUGGUUCCCCAUUACAGUGAUGGGCCUGGCCGCGCGCUCUGGAUACCCAGUCCCGGGUGAGAUGUACGUCGUUGCCACUGUCUUUCUGUUGCCAGCCAACUCUGCCUUUAACCCUUUCCUGUACACCGCCAACGCCAUUCUGCUAGCCAGGAGAAUGAGAAAAAAGAAACAAUGCAUUGAAAUAGAUAUAGGACUCCGACAGCUCUCUACGACAUAAAAUCUUCAUAGGAACUAAACCGGUGUCUAGCUCUUGAAAACAUGAGCUCAGUUUUCUCUGGAAGAUGAGAACAAAAGAACUAGGACCGCCUACACGAGAGGGCAACUCCUUGAGCUGGAGAAAGAGUUCCACUUCAACAAGUACAUCUCUCGGCCCCGUCGCAUCGAGCUGGCCGCCAUG